AUGGCUGCUCCAACACCCGCCUACCCGCUCAAGGGGGGCCCCCAAACUCGAUGGAACAUGGAAUUCGCAGGCAAGGCUGAAGAACUGAAGCCAACGCUGCAUCGCUGGCCUCGAAGGCCUCAAAAUGUCAUCCGCUUCGUCGAGGACGAGACGCAGUAUUUCGGCAUUCGACCAUCCAAGAUAAUGAAAACAAUGCAAGAUUUCGAGGCGAGCUUGUGGGCCAGGAAAAGCGAUUUCAUCCUCGACUUUGGUAUUCACAUGGUCGGCUACUUGUCCAUGCGCCUCGACUCACACGGCUCACACAUGGACGCCCCGUGCAGGCUGCGACUGACCUUUGGGGAGUCGCCCUUUGAUGUCACCAUGGGUAUGGACAACGUCAAGACCUGGAUCAGCACAUCAUGGCUCCCCGACGAGAUUGUUAACAUCGACAUGUGUCCCGAGAUCCUGAGGAUGCCGCGUCGUCACUCUUUCCGCUAUCUCCGUGUCGAGAUCAUUGACAUGUCGCCCAAGUGCAAGCUCUCCUUCUCUGAUAUCUCGUGCGAGUGUGUCAGUGCCAUUGGGCCGUCCGACAAGGUCGACGCAUAUGCAUUCAAGAACACUGUCUUGGAUCGCAUCGACCAAGUCAGUCUCAUGACACUUCGCGACUGCAUGCAGACGGUGUUCGAGGAUGGGCCGCGCAGAGACAAGAGGUUGUGGCUCGGGGACUUGAGGCUGCAGGCACUGGCAAAUUACAAGUCAUUCAAGGACUUUAACUUGGUCAAACGGUGCAUCUACCAGUUUGCGGCCAUUGUGCGGGAGGACGACUCGGUGCCAGCCUGUCUUUUCGAGCAUCCUGUCUUUACGCCUUCUGACGACUACAUUGUGGACUACGAUGCACUUUUUGCCGUGGUUGUCUAUGACUAUGUCGAGGCGUCUGGCGAUAUCGCGAUUGGCAAGGAGCUCUGGCCGACCGUCCUUGGCUGUCUGAAGAAGGCGCUUUCUCACCUUGAUCCUGAGACUGGCCUGUUCGACCCAUCGCGUGGUGACGAUUGGAAGUUUCUCGACUGGCAGGAAGACCUCGAUCGCAGCGCUGGGAGUCAUGGGCUCCUUUUGUACUGCCUCAAGGCCACCAACAAGCUGGCUCUUCUAUUGGGUCAAGAGCCUCCACACGAGCACACUGCCAUGACCAUGACAGAAGCAGCCAAGGCACUUCUGAACGAUGAAGGUCUCGUCGUGUCAGGCCCCAAUGCCCAAAUUAGCUAUGCAUCCGCAGCUUGGCUCGCCCUGUCGGGUGCAUUCCCACAAGAAACGGCGAGAACCGCACUGCUCAAGACACUUGACCACCCUGACGCCAUUCGACCUCUGACGCCGUAUCUGUGGCACUACGUCUGCGAGGCGCUGGCUGACGUUGGAUGCAAAGAGGAAUGCAUCAAAGUCAUGGAAGGGUACUGGGGAAAGAUGAUUGAAGCAGGGGCCGACACGUUCUGGGAGUGCUUUGACCCGGAGAACCGCACCAACAGCCCUUAUGGGGAUGUGAGGAACAAUAGCUUCUGUCACGCCUGGAGCUGCACGCCAACGUACUUGCUGCGAGGAAAGCUUGCGAGCAAUGUCUUGCAAGACCAGGUGCCCAAAGCGACGACUGUGGAGGAGCUCGAUGAUAGUUGGAUUGCCCACACCAGCGCAGAGCUUGAGAAGGUUUGA